CAAAGCGGAAAAUGGCAUGGUUCUGAAUGAGACCGGCAAUGUUUUUGUUUUGUUUUGCAUUGGAAAUGGAGUUUUGUUGAUUUAUCUUUCAAUAAUACAGAUCGCUUGAGGAUGGAAAGAUCCAAAGCUGCCCCCGGGAAGAAAGGUCCAAAACCCAAAGGACACCCUCCGACAGGGGACUUCAUUGCACUAGGUGUGUCGAAAGGAAAGGGAGCAGAGCCAGACACCAAGAGAUCCACCAGCCCGCAGCCAGUCGGGAGAAAAGCGACCUCCUCAGCCGAUAGGAAACGAGAAGCUCCAGUUGCCACCCCAACCACUGGGGGACUAGCGCCAAAGAAACCAAAGCUUGGACAAACGUUUAUGCCACUAGGUCGUCAUGGAGAUGUUGAACGGAAAGGAUCCCCAGCUACAGUUGUUCCCCUUCAGUUUGAAGAGACAGCUAUUGAUGUGGACCCCUGUGAGGUGUUGGAUCAGCUGCUGGUGGCAGAGGAAUCUGGGAGUGACGAGAGAAUCGAGGGCUUGCUGUGUGGAGCUGUCAAAUCUCUCCGAUCCAACAGAGCAAAGCCUGACCCAGCUGUUUUUCUUUCUCUGAUGUAUCUUGCGAAAACACGGCCCACCAUCUUCUGUAGUGAAGUUGUAAUUGAAGCUUUCUGCAGCUUGUUGAAGCGAGACAUGUCUCUGAACUUCAAGGCAAAGGGGAACCCCCUAGUGUCAGUCGCUGCCUGUAAUGUGCUCUAUGCUGCCUUCAUUGAAGAGGAGAAUUGGCCAGAUGACUUUGUCAAAGUAUACGUGGAGGACUCGCUGGGGGAGCGUGUCUGGGUUGACCGAGAUGACUGCAAGGGCUUCGUUGACAACAUUCUGACUGCCUUCCGUACCAAGAUGCCGCCCAAGAGUAUGCUGGUAGCAGCUGACCCUCCUAAGGGGGAAUCCCCAGGAUCAGCAAGUCCAGUGUUGCACCUGUUCGAGGAGGACGAAGGCUCCAAGGGCUCCGAUGGUGGGGACAGUGAGAAGAGCUCGGUGUCAGGAACAGACAGUGACAGUGCCAAUGUCUUCCAAAGGUUUCCAUAUCAACAAGACAGCAUCGAGUCCUACAUUAUGGAAUUGAUCCGAGAGCAGCUGAUCCGCCGUCAGCCGAUGGAUGCUUCUGCUCGUAACCUGAUCCGUCUGAUGACUGUGACAUGUGGCUACGGUGAGGUCCGGGCUCUGACAGCCCAGAGGCUGGAGAUGUGGCUACAGAACCCCAAGCUGGCACGCACAGCCCAGGAUCUGCUGAUGUCGGUCUGCAUGAACUGUAACCAGGCCGACCACAGUGACCUGGAUGUCAUCGCGCAGCUCAUCAAGAUGAGGAUGAAGACAAAACCACUCAUCAAUCACUACGCCAACUGUAUGAGAGAGCUGAUGAUACAACACUCCGGCAACCUGCGUAUCGUCCUGACACACACCAUCUACAACGAGUUGUCCCAGACCCGCAAUCCAAACAACAUGUCCCUCGUGGCUGUCACCUUCCAGAUCUCUCCUGAACCUGCAGCCAAGAUGCUGGCAGAAAUAUUCCAAGAUUUGUUGGCUAACAAGGAUGAUUACUUGCGAGCCCUACGAGCGCUGCUGCGGGAGAUCGUUCGCACACUCCGCCAUGACAUGAACUUCACAGCCUUCUGCCUGGGGCUCAUGCAGGAGAGGUCAGAGGCCAAGUUCACUGACCUUGAGGCAGCGUUCAAGGAGAGGUUUGUCAUGUCGAUCGCUGACCUCAUCACUCUCAGUGUGCUGAUGGGCAUCACUCCGGCAGUCAGGGAGGCUGUGGCAUCUCUCGCCAGAGGGGAACACAAAGACCUAGAGACCUUGCAGCAGUUCAAGCAGCAGGUUGCCAUGAUACAGCGCGACGCCAUCUGGUGGCUGCACACAGUCGUUCCAAAGGCCAUGGACGUCAAGGCGGCAGAGUAUGUCCACUGCCUGCACAAGGUGCUGUUCAUGGAGGAGGCCCAGCACUACUACAACAAGGACAACUGGCCCCCCGAGGGAGACCGCACGAUGAUGUUGCGACUGGCUGCAGAGGUGCCUGUGAUGGAGGACUCACUGAUGCGAGUGUUACUGAUUGGCUUGUCCCGCGAGCUGCCUCUCAGUGCUGCUGAUGCUGUGGAGUUGGCGGACCAGCUCAUCAGGCGGGCAGCUCCCCUCUACCUCGGAGCGGGUAUGCAGGUUCUGCAGGUGGAGAGACUGGAGCUGAUUGAUGCACUACUCAACCUGUGUGCCUACAGACACCCAGAGAAUAUUGGCCUGCCAAAAGGCUACCAGCCCCCUACUCUGGCCAUAUCGGCUCUGUACUGGAAAGCAUGGACCAUGCUGGCUGUCAUCAGUGCCUUCAACCCCGGCACAUUUGGUCUCUCAGCCUGGGAAAACUACCCAACUCUGAAAUGUCUGAUGGAGAUGGCCAUGACAAACAACUUCAAGUUCCCCCCACCAACAACGGCAACUGAUGAUAAGGUGAUCGAGGAGAUCAAGAACCGGGAGCGGCAGAUCGCCCAGCAGGAGGUGCAGCAGAUCCUGGAGUUUGAGAGCCAUCUGGCCGCCGCCACCAGCAAAGUGACCAUCACCGAGGCCAACAGCCUCCUCCUUGACCAACUCACCACCAUGGACCCCAAUGGUAUUGCACGAUGUCCCCCAGCCAAAGUGCUGGACCAGCUGUCCAACUUGUGCAACACUCUCAAGGUCGGUCAGAUGCUGUGUCGGAGCCGGAGUCCUGACUUCCUACUGGACAUCAUACAGAGACAGGGGACGUCGCAGUCCAUGCCGUGGCUGGCGGAGCUGGUGGAGUCGAGUGAGGGCUCCCUGGACGUGCUGCCCAUCCAAUGUCUGUGUGAGUUCCUGCUGCAUGAGCCCCCCGAGUCCUCCGACACAGGGGACUCCGACGUCAUCAAGGCGGAGAAGUACCGGAGGAAAGAGAAACUGAAGAAGCAGCGUCAACUUCUGAGUCGGCUGCAGGAGAUGGUGCAUGGGACGUCCUCCGACUCAUCCACGAUGUUCCAGGUCCUUGACUACUUCCUGAAGCGACUCUCGUCCACCCAGUCAGUGUCUCGAUCUCAGGCCAUCAAGGGUUUGUCAAUGGUGGUGUCCAAGUCGGCCUCCAGUCAAGAAGACAAGGACGAAACCAAGAUGGAUGUUGAUGGUGACAACAGAGCUAAUGAUUGGCUGUUGAAGGAUCUGCCAUCCCUCCCUCUGUUCCAGGAGGUGAAAGGUCAAACUAGUCUGGCGCUUCGACAGGCCUGCCAGAUCGAGACAGAUCCCAGUCUUGUCAGCUCCUACAUCAUCUUCCUGUCCCAGCAUUCCUUGGACCAGAAUCUCUACGACCUCGACAACCUGGCCUCGGAUGUUGCCCAGCUGAUAGUGGAGCGGACGUCGGUGAUCAACCACAUCCUGCCGUGUGAGGGCAACCCCUGGACACCGUCGCAGGACGUCACCCUCAACGCCCUCAUCAGCCUCUAUGUCAACUACCUCAAGAAGGCCAGGGAGCCACACAAGGAGGCGUAUACAUGGUCCAACACCCAGGACCAGAUCCUCCUGCAGUGGGAGUCAGGCGAGUCCGCCACGAUGUUCAUCCUGGUAGUACACUCCAUGAUCACACUGCUCACAUACGGACCACCCACAGGUGAGAGUCAGUACCACGUGCUGCUGGAAACCUGGUUCCCCAAGGAGGGGCAUCUCCCAUCAGCCUUCCUACUGGACACAUCCGAGGAGGCCUUGCUGCUCCCUGAUUGGCUGAAACUGAGGAUGAUUCGCUCUAGCGUCGACCAACUCGUGAACUCAGCUCUGCAAGAACUGGAACCAGCCCAGCUUUUGCUGUUUGUCCAGUCCUUCGGGAUCCCAGUGGCCAGCAUGAGCAAGCUGUUGACCUGUCUGGACAACGCAGUGGGUUUGGACCCCACGGGGCUGGAGCAGGCCGUGCUGGACAAGGUGUACAUGGCCCAGCUGAUCGAGAUCCAGCACAAGAGAGGGGCCAAGGGAGGGGAAAAGUUCAACCUCAUGUUGACCCAACAUCUGCCUCGACCCAAACCAGCCCCCAGUACAGAGGGAAUGGACACAGGAUUGACCGGCUACCCCUGCUGGCAGGUCCGCAAAAUGGAGGAGGUGACUCUCCCGUGGGGGAAACCCAACCUGGUGCCAUGCUUGUUGGAGAUCUUUGACCCAAGCGGAACGUCCAACCCAAGAUCCAACAAGCUGUAUCAGACUCUCAUCAAGUCCAUAUCAAGUGAGCAGAGCAAGGCUGCCGAGGUGAUCACCACAAUGCAGAAGAUCCUGGAGUCUACAAAAGGUGCUGAGUUUGCUGCUCGUCUUUAUGAGACAUCAUCAAGAUCAGGACCACUUCUCAAGCUGCUCAUAUCCAAACAGACAUCCCUGACUGUUGCUGUGAGGAGGAUGGUGGAACGCCUGGCAGUGUUCACACCAGGACGAAGAAGUCCACUCCUGUCGGUCAUCAAGCAAUUCUUAGAAGCUGGUAAAGCGUCUGGAUCCGAGAGUAAGACAAAAGAAAGAACACAGAUGAAACUGGAGACAUUCAAAACUGGUGGAAAAUUGGAUCCAAACAAACUCACACAAGGUCUCCCAGCUCUGAGUGGCGACCCUGACCUUGAGAACUUAGUGCAGCAGUGUAUGACGGAGGUGAUGGAGCAGUUAACGUCAGCGGAUGGUGCCAGGGUUGCCAGCCAGGCCCUGCUUCAUUUAGAGAAAGUGUCGCCCAUGCUUGUAUCCACUGCCUCUCUGCUGAUUGAUUGGUUGGAGCUGCUGGACCCUGAAAUCAUCCAGUCCAACCCAGACCUGCAGCAGCAGCUGAUAUUUGCCAAGAAGACCGUGAGCCAGCCGAGGGAGAGGGUGCCGGGGAGCCGGAAGGAGCCAUACUUGCUGGCGUUGCUGACCCACCAGUGUAACUGGGGCACCGUCAACAGGUGCAUCACCAGGAUCCUCAACAACACAGAGAAGAGCUUCAAUGCAACAUCAGUGUUGGACUUCCUCUGGGCGUGUAUCCACAUCCCUAAGAUCUGGCAGGGACGGGAGUGCAAGAAGAUGGACAGUUGUGAAGACAUUCUGAAUCCCACCAUCAGCCAGGUGAUAUGUGUGGUGGACUACAUCCUAGAAGAGGCUGAUGACUCCAGGAACACAACUGCAGGAGAGUCCUCCCAUCCAGCUGGUGCUCCGAGCCCAUCCUCGUCCACCCUGGAGACCCUCUGUCAGAGGAUGAGCCUGCUGAAGGCCUGCAUGGCCGACAAGGAUGUCCGACUGAGAGCUGUGGUGGAUCAUCUUCAGGGAAAGCAAGGCCGCAGCUGCCUGCAGACGAAGCUGCUGUACGAGCUGUACCUGCAGUAUCCCUACAUCCUGUCCUGGCUCACCGACAAGUCAUGCAUAGCUGCUGAACACGACACUCACGACAGCCCCAGUCAGCUGGAUGUCAUCUCCCACCGGCUGCUGAUGGCGCUCGGUCAUGCCGUCCACGGACACACCGCCGAGAACAGGAUGUAUGAUGCCAACCUCGGGUGCCGGAAGCUGGCGGCAGAGCACCCUCAACUCAUACUCCGUCAGCUGCCCAUGUUGGCGGCUCUGCUGCGGGGCAAGACUCAGUACAAGAUCGGGGAGAUGAAGCACCGCAACUUCCUCACACUCUUCUCCAACGCCCUCGGCCUCCUGGAACUACUACAGCCGCUGGUGUUCCGUGCCGAGUACACAUCGCUGCCCGAUAUACUGGAGACCUACUUCACCCUCAUACAGUCUCAUGGCAAAGAGCAGCGGCUGUUAGGCUCCAUCAUUGUCAAGUUUAUCACAUUUCUGAAUGGUUUUGUCAGCUACGAUCCUCAGCGUGCCAUGUCCCUCCUACAGAGAUAUGUCAUACUUCUUGGGGAUGUGUCGUGUGUCUAUCCCGACCUGUCAGAGCUCAAGUCCCUCCUCGCCGGCCUGGCCCUGCCCCGACAGAACAAGACAGAGGCAGACGCCACCAGCCAAGAUGACACCACGCCAAUUGGGUCGCCGAUACGGGCCGCCUGUUUCUGGUCAUCAGCUCACCUGGCCCCGAUUCACAAGAAACUCCAGAGACGCAGAUCGGUGGAAGAGCUUUUGGAUGUACUGCACGACCUCGAUGAGACCUCAAAGAGAAAGGUGGAAAUCCUUCAAAACUUUGAGAGUGAGCUCCGGCAGCUGAUGUUGGAGUCCAAUGACAAAUGCCGCAACCUUGCCUUCGCUCUCGUCAUGCGACAUCUCCGAACUGCCCCAUCACGGUCCAGUGAGUUUGUUGCCAUGUACCUGCAGUGCCUCAGCGACAGCAACCCCGACAUCAUCAAGACAGCACUCACCAACAUGACCGAGUUCACCGUCCUGUGUCAGGGUCAUGCCCAGGUAAUUCUUCAGAAGGUGUUCACCAUCGGCGUCACAACAUCAAUGGAGACAUCAUCCUACAUCAGCGAGACACUGCAGCUGCUGAACCUGGAGAAUGCCCAGACUUGAGAAGAUACAAGGGAGGCAGUGUACAGCUGAACUGUGCUGGCUUCAAGCGGGACCACAGCUGUUCUCGGUGUUAUAAUUCUGCUUGUGUCGACCUCACAAAAGGGCUACAGCUGUUCUCAGUGUAAUAAUUCUGCUUGUGUUGACCUCACAAAAGGGCUACAGCUGUUCUCAGUGUAAUAAUUCUGCUUGUGUCAAACUCACAAAAGGGCUACAGCUGUUCUCAGUGUAAUAAUUGUGCUUGUGUCAAACUCACAAAAGGGCUACAGCUGUUCCCAGUGUAAUACUUCUGCCUGUGUCUGCCUCACAAAAAGCCUACAGCUGUUCCACUGCAAAAUUCCACUUGUGUCGGUUUCACAAAAAGGCUGCAGCUGUUCCCAGUGUAAUACUUCUGCUUGUGUCGACCUCACAAAAUGGCUAUGGGUGAUAAAUCUGCCAAGAGUGAAGUACAUUCAUCACAGAGAUGUUUAAACAGCCAUGGCCAUCUGUUUCCCAACACAGAUCUGUUGUAUUGAAAACAAGACAGGAUAGGAUGAGCAGGCUUAUUGAAGCUGUUACAUGUCCUCCCACCAUGUAGCAGUGGUUGUUAACGAGAGUCUUCACAUCAGUGAAUGUGUCCAUAUUUUGUACAUAUUACUCAUAUGAUUGAUUAAAAUGAUUCAUUAAGUA